AUGCUUAUAUUAAUCAUCAUUGUAUUAUAUUGUCUAUCGUUUGCUCAAGAAUAUAAAACUGAUAAUGAACCAGCACAAGAUUAUAAGAAAAUAGUACAAUUUUCUAAUUUGGCUGCAGUUGCCUAUUGUGUGGGUAGAGGGUUAUCUAAAGGACGGUUAGGAGAUAAAGGUUCAGGUUGUCAUUUAUCUGCUUGUAAGAAUGACAUUCUUAAAGAUGUUGAAAUUGUGAAAAUAUUUGAUUUUAGUACACUUAAUGAAGUUGGUACAGGAUAUUAUGCUUUAGAUAAGAAAAGAAAAACCAUAAUAUUAGUAUUUAGAGGAUCAGUUUCAAGACGUGAUUGGGCCACUGAUAUUGAUUUCAUCCCUACUAAAUACAGACCCAUUGUUCAAGAUGAUAACUUUGAAUGUGAAGUAUUUAUUCAACAAGAAUGUAUUAAUUGUAAAGUUCAUCGAGGAUUUUAUAAUUUUUUAAAAGAUAAUUCCGGUGCAAUUAUAAGUCUUGGAAUCAAAUUUAAAAAAAUUUAUCCGGAUUAUCAAUUUUUAAUUAUUGGUCAUUCAUUAGGAGCAGCUUUCACUACUUUAAGUGGGAUUGAAUUUCAAUUAUUAGGUUAUGAUCCAUUAGUUGUCACUUAUGGUGGACCAAAAGUUGGAAAUCAAGAAUUUGCCGAUUUCACCGAUAGAUUAUUUGAUACAGAAGAAGUUGCGAAUUGUAUUACAAUGAAGAAUGAUUUUUCACGAGGAUUUAUUAGAGUGGUUCAUAAACAUGAUAUAAUACCUUUCUUGCCACCAAUGUUUACUCAUGCAGGAUAUGAAUAUUUCAUUGAUAAAAAACAAUUACCUCAUGAAGAAUGUGAUAUAGAUAGGCGAGGGAUGGAGUAUUCUGGAUUGUUGUGGAAAAGAAGUUCAGGAAUACGACCAUCGACGUUUUGGCCCGAUAGUUUGGGGAAAUACGAACAUACACAUUAUUUUAGAAGAAUCACAAGUUGUAGAGAUGAAGAUUAG